CUGCCUGCUCUUACACAUUCACUCAAGAGUUGUCUGAGCCACAGAGAGGACUGCGGUUGAUUAUGGAGUACAGAGGUCCUCUGGCCAAAUCAUGUUGGCUGCUGCUACUGCUGCUGUUGCUGCCAUCUCAUAACCACCAGGGACACGUUCUGAGACAGAUUUCCCCCACCCAGGGGACCCAGGAGCCUCCUGCUGUGCACCUCAGCAAUGGCCCAGGACAAGAGCCUGUCUCCAUCAUGACCUUUAACCUGACCAAGAUCACAAAAAGCUCUUCCUUCUUUGAGUUUCGAACCUGGGAUCCAGAAGGAGUGAUUUUUUAUGGUGACACCAACCCAAAGGAUGAUUGGUUUGUGCUGGCACUUCGGGAUGGCAGGCCUGAGAUCCAACUGUACAAUCAGUGGGCCCAGGUUACUGUGGGCUCUGGACCACGGCUGGACGAUGGGAGGUGGCACCAGGUAGAAGUGACGGUCGUUGAGGACUCAGUGCUGCUGGGGGUGGAUGGGGAGCAGGUGCUGCGUCUGAGACAGGUCUCUGGGCCUCUGACCAAAAAAUCCCAGCCCAUAAUGAGGAUUGCUCUAGGGGGACUGCUGUUCCCUGCCUCCAACCUCCGGUUGCCGCUGGUACCUGACCUGGAUGCCUGCCUGCGUAGGGAUAACUGGCUAGACCAACAGGCUCAGAUUUCAGCGUCUGCCCCUACUAGCCUCAGAAGCUGUGCUAUAGAAUCUCAACCUGGGAUAUUUUUCCCUCCAGGGACUCGUGCAGAAUUCAAUCUCCAAGAUGUUCCCCAGCCUCAUGUAGAUCCCUGGACCUUCUCUCUGGACCUGGGACUUCAGCUGGCAGCAGGCUCUGGCCACCUCCUUGCCCUUGGGACCCCAGCAAACCCUUCUUGGCUCAGCCUUUACCUCCAAGAUCAAAAGGUGGUACUGUUUUAUGGGUCAAGGCAAGGGCUGGAUCUGCCCCUGGUCUUGGGACUCCCUCUUCAGCUGAAGCUGGAUGAGUCCAGGGUGCAAUUGAGCCACGGGCCAAAGAAGAUCCUUGUUCAGCCUCCCAUGGGCCUUGAUGACUCCCUCCUCAACCUCUGGGCCCAUCCCCAGGGGCAGCUCUUCCUGGGGACUUUGCCAGGAGAGACCUCUUCUGCCUCCUUUUGCUUGGACGGCCUGUGGGCACAAGACCAGAGGUUAGACUUGGAUCGGGCCCAAAGCAGAAGCAAGGACAUCUGGACUCACAGCUGUCCCCAGUGCCUAGGCAAUUGCACUAAUACUACCCAUUAAAUCCCCAUCUAAGAACUCCCUUUGAAUGUCACUUAUCUAUUUAUUCAACAAAUAUUUAUUGUACAUUUGCAAGGUAUCAACCAGUCAUGGGGCUGAGCACUGGGUUGUGUUGAUGCACAAAAACAACUGUGGUUUCUGCCCUCUUGAUGCUCACAGUCGUCCCUUGGAGAAGGCAUGUGUUCAUCAAAAACUGACAAAUAAGUGGAUAAUCGGAAACACUGGAUAAUUGGAAACACUGAUAAUGCCAUAAAGGAGCAGUCAGGGAGCUGAGAAAGUUUGUAGACCAGGAGCCUUAACCUAGACUGGGGACCAAAGAAGCAUCUUGAGGAAGCAGUGAGGAUCUCUUGAGGAUCUCAGGCUGAGAUCCCAGCAACAGCACCCAUAAACAUGCAUGCCAGAUAUAGAUCACUUUCUGGGAGCCAGGAGACCACCUCUUUCUCCAGCAGAUAUCUACUCUCUUCCCUUUGGGACUUUAGCUUCCUCUCUCUGAAGAUGGUCCUGAGGGGUCAUGGGGAAAGAGAGGAGAAACUGAAUUCUGUUGUCCUCUAGACUGGCUUCUGCUGUUCAAGGAAGGAGCAGCAGGGGGCAUGAGAGAGUUAUAGAGAGAUGGGGGCAGGGGUUUUGGCCAAAGGGGUGGAGGUAGCAAGGAAAAAGAAAAAGGGAAGAGAGCAAAGGAAGCGAGCUGCCCCUAUCUCUCCUAGUCUCGGUCCAUUUGCUGCAUUCUACUCUAUUAAGCAAGAACUGGCUUGUGCUGGUCCUCGCUGGGAAGAACAGAUAGAUUCCAGAACAUCUCUGCCCUCAGAGAAUAUGGUGACUCAACCCUCAGCUUCCAGACCUUUGGGGAAAUCCUGGUCCUCCAGCCUCUCCCAGGGGCACCCUCCUGCCUCAGCCCCCUGCUCCCUGGAAAACCCUCAUGCCCACCCACGCCUCCAGCCUCUAGCCUCCAGCUCCCAUUCUUCAAUCCUCUUGAGAAUCCUUAUGUCCCUCUAGGGAGCCCUGGGACUGCAGCUCUGAGUCCCCAUCUCUGAGUCCUCUUUCGUUUCAAGAACUGUUAACCCUAAAAGGGGCUUCUGUCUACUGUGAGUGGCACGCAUAGGGCAGUUGAUUGCUCUAUGUGAGAAUCGACAUCAAGAGAUUUCAGAAGCAUAACCUUUUGGUAUCUGGGAAGCUGGUAAUCAUUAGUCCUGGUCCCCAAAGGAAAGACAGAGGGAGAGAGAAAGGGAAGAGAGAAAUAAAGGAAGAAAGGAAAGCAAGAACAAACUGUUAACCCAUGGACAUCCAGUAUCCCAACCUCCUAGCUUCUUAUAAAAAUCUUCCUACCAGUAAUGCAGGCACCAGGGUGUGUUACUCACUGGACCUGCUGUCCCCUUCCACAGGGGUCAGCCAAGACGUGUGUGAGAUCAGGGUAAGGAGGCUCCAGGGGAGUGUUUAGGGUAGAAGAUGAAAAUCUAGGGUCCUAGGCCCCUGCUUGGACUCACCUAAUCUCAAGUUUACAGGAUCUUACAGCUGACUCCACCCAGUUACAGAGUUUCAGUGUUUUUAAUUUUUAUUUAUUAUCAUUAUUAUUUUUAAAAUAUUAGAAAGGGGAAAGGAGGGAGAAAGAGAGGGAGAGAAACAUCAAUGUGUGAUUGCCUCUUGCCCAUCAAGGAGGUUGUUCUGAAUGGCAACUUCCUGACCUUGUGUCCUGAGGAAUCUCCCAGGGGCUGGCUUUUCACUCCUCCCUCCAAUGACCUGUUCAGGACACCAUGCCCCCAACCUCUUUCUCCAGCUUGCCCUAGAUUCCAAGAUUCCUGAUUACCAUUCAGAGCUGUCUACACUCUUUCAUUAAGACUGACUUUGCUUUGACACAGACUCUGCCAGGCCCCCACCAAGGGCAACAAUGCCUGCCCUGUGUCCCCUGCCUCUUCCCCAUCCCUAAAAACCUCUCUGGACCUUGUCAGCAUAUCCUGCAGAUUCCAGGCUUGGUUUACCCACUCGCUUCACCCUCCCCUCUGCCUCUCUCUUCCCUUCUUUCCCUCCUUUCUUUCUCUCCCUCUUUCCCUUCUGCCUCUGUUUGUCUUCCCUUCAAUUAACAUUUAUUGACCGCUGACAGUGUGCCAAGCACUGUAUUGGGUCAUCCACAGGGACUGUAAAAAUGAAUAAGUCUUGUGAGACAGACAGAUAGACAAACAUGUAAUAGAGAUCUCUACUGAGUGCCAAGGUACUUGGUUUCAAGUUCUAUCAGGAAUCAUCAAAGAGGUGAGUUUUUGAAAAUGUGAACUUGAACAAAUGAUUAAACCUCUUUAAAUUUCAGUUUCCCCAUCUAUAAAAUGGGGAAGUUACCCUACUCAUAGGCUUCCUGUGAGGAUUUGAUGCUAUCAUAUAGGUCAAAUGCUUAGCACAGUGCUGGGCAUAACUGGGCAUAAAGAAGGGGCUCAACAUGUGAGAGAUGUUGCUCUUGUUGAUACCCUUAAUCUUGUGCAUAUUUCUUGAAACACAAGUCUGAACCUGCAGACUCAUAGAAGAGGAGGAAGGGUGUGUGACGUGGCUGAACCAGGGACAGGCUAAGAUGGAAGGAGGGCAGACUGCAGACAUUCCUUGGGCCUCGUGGUUAGAGGCCUUGUACAUCCUGCUAAGGAGUUGGAGCUUGAUCUAUUCAGUGAAGGAACAUCUGUUUUUCUUUUCUUUUUCUAAAUAAAUUGUGGUGAAAUACACAUAACAAAAUUUACCAUCUUAUCCCUGACUGGUGUAGCUCGGUGGAUUGAGCAUGGGCCUGUGAACCGAAGGGUUGCCAGUUCAAUUCCCAGUCAGGGCACAUGCCUGGGUUGGGGGCCAGGUCCCUAGUUGGGGACAUGUGAGAGGCAACCACACAUGGACAUUUCUCUCCCUUUCUUUCUCCUUCCCUUCCCCUCUGUCUAAAUAAAUAAAAUCUUAAAAAACAAAACUUACCGUCUUAACCAUUUUUAACUGUACAGUUCAGUGGUAUUAUGCAUAUUGACAGUGUUGUGCAAUCAUUACCAACAUCCCCCUCCAGAACUUUAUUUUCCAAAUUAUAAGGAAAAAUUUGUUUAGAAACUUACAGAGGUAGUAGAAGUGAGCCAGCUGGCUUUGUAGGCUGAGGAAACAAGUUACAGAGGCAGAAUAAAGGCCCUUGCCCUUAGGAGAGAGAAAGGCAAGUGUAAUGUGCUGGGAAGAAGAGGGGCGAAGGGAAGGCUCACGUCCAAGAGGAACAGUUUGUCCAUCUCCAGAAUUCUUUAUUUUGAAAAAUUGAAACUCAGUACCCAUUAAAUAAUACUCGCCAUUUUCUGCCCCACCUAGUGUGGCUCAGUGGAUUGAGCAUUGUCAUUGAGAACUGAAAGGUUGCCGGUUUGAUUCCCUAGUCAGGGCACAUGCCUGGGUUGUGGGCCAGGUCCCCAGUUGCAGGCAUGAGAGAGGCAACCAAUCAAUGUUUCUUAUUCUCUCUCUCCCUUCUCCUCUCUCUGAAAACAAAUAAAUAAAUAACAUUUAUUUUUAAAAGUACACCCCAUUUUCCCUCUCUCCCUGUGUUUCAUAACUCUUCCUCCCUCGUUCUUGUCUCUUCCAAGCCCCAUGUUGUUGGGAACCCAGAGAGAGCUGAGCCCCUGGGAUUGUAUGGAUUUGUGGGGGAGCAUGGUCAAGGAGCACAGACUUCACGACUGGCUCUAAUGUAGGAGAGAGGCUACGGGGCUCUUAUUCCCUUUCCAGAGGUGCUGGAGGGAGGGCAGUGUUUGAGGAAGAGUUUGGAGGUUUGUAAUGACUCUCUGUGCUGCCACCCCUUUCUUAGCUGUUUCUCCUGUGAACAGCAGUGGGGCAUUUAGAAGAGUGUUCCCUCCUCCCCUCUGCCCCCUCUCCUGUAUGGUGAUCCUCACCUACAGGAGAAGAAAGCAUAGACUGGAGUAAAGCUAUCUCGCUCUUACCCUAGAGCCCACUAAAUAAACAGAAGACAUUUAUUCAUUCUUUUCCAAGUGGGCCUGGGUACGUGUCAGAGACAGCCGGCAGCCUGGAGGCCAUCCCAGGCCUGUGCUGGCCAAACUGCGCACCUUGAGGGUAGGGUCCAGACCUUGUCUCUUCAGAUUAAGACUGUUCUAUUUUUAUGCUCCUUGCCUGGUGAAGGAAAGGACAAGUAGUUUUCCUGAGGUUUCUUGCAGAAAAAGCCAUUCCACAUUUAAGUCCAUUCAGCAGCCAGACAUUAUCUUCAGUAGCCCAGUGGGAUGCUUGGGUAUGCAGGAUAUAUGCAAAGUCUAAGAUACAGGCCUGCUCUCAAGUAGCUUACAGUCUGGUUCAAAAGAUAAAAUACAGCCUUGGUUGGUGUGGCUCAGUUGGUUGGAGCGUUGUCCUGUAGACUACAAGAUCACAGGUUUGAUUCCUGGUUGCAGGUUUGAUCUCCAGUCAGGGUGCUUCUCUCUCACAUCUCUCUCUCUCUCCCUCCCUCCCUCCCCCCACCUUCUUCACUCUCUAAAAGCAAAGGAAAAAAAUGUCAUUGGGUGAAGAUUAAAAAAAAAACAAACCCUGGCUGGUGUAGCUCAGUGGAUUGAGCAUGGGCCUGCGAACCAGAGGAUUGCGGUUCGAUUCCCAGUCAGGGCACAUGCCUGGGUUGCAGGCCAGUUCCCAGCAGGAGACACACAAGAGGCAACCAUACAUUGAUAUUUCUCUCCCUCUCUCCUUCCCUUCCCCUCUAAAAAUAAAUAAAUAAAUAAUCUUUUAAAAAUUAAUAAAAAAUAAAAAAAGAUAAAAUACACACAAGAGUUUUCAACCCAGUUGAUCAAAGCAAAAACCUAAGCAUUAGCCUUGAUUCCUCUCUUCUGUCAUCUCCAUUGGUCAUGUCAUCCUAUUUCCGAAGUAUACCCUGAACCCAGCCUCCUGUUUCCAUCUGCGAACCCGCUACCCUGGCCCAAGCCAUCCAUAUCUUCCACUUGGACUGCUGCAAAGCCUUCCUAACUGGUAUCAUUUCACUCCUCUGCUUAAAACAAUAGAAUUGCUUCUGUGAUGGUUGGAUUAAAAUCCAAACUACUCCUUUUGGUCUACAAGGACCUGUAUGAUUUGGUCCCUGCCUACCUCUUGGAUCUCUUGCUUUAUCAAAUCUUGCCUUCCAUCAUUGAAGUCCAGCCUUUGCACUUGCAUUUCCCUUCUCCUGGAAAGCUCUUCCUGCAUCUCCUCGUGGCUCCUUUGAGUCACUCAGGUAUCACAUUAUAAGUCACCUUUUCAGUAAGGCCAUCCCUGACCAUCCAGGCACUGUUUUGUUUUUUCCGCAUAAUAUUAACAUUAUUUUAUUUGUUUCCUUGCUUUUAUUGUGUAUUGGUAUGGGAGCCCCAAGAGUACAGAAACUAAACAGUGCCUGGUUCUAAGGAAAGGCUCACUGGAUACCCAUUAAAUGAAUGAAUAGAAGCUGGAGUGAACUCCGGAAGGAUGAGCAGCCUUCCAGGAUGAGGAAAUAAAGUGGACAAAGGUGUGAAGGCAGUAGUAGGUGCAGCCUCUGCUGGAAAUGGAUGGUUCAACUCCAGCAGAGGACUAGUUGGGGCCUAGUGGGAAAAGGGCUGAGGACACAGGCUGGAUCUAGACUGUGGAGUGCUCUGAAGGUUAAACUGAAGAGUCAGGACUCUGUCCUGCAAGGGUAACAGGAAGCUAUUGAGCUGAGGAGUGGCCUAAUUAAAACUGUGACUUAAAAAAAAUUUUUUUUAUUUAGUGAUUUGAGAGAGAGAUAGAGAGAAAAACAUCAAUUUAUUGUUGCACUUACUUAUGCAUUCAUGGGUUGAUUUUUUAUGUACCCUAACUGGGGUUGGAACCUACAACCUUGGCACAUCUUGACAAUGCUCUAACCAACUAAGCUACCUGGCCAAGGCCUAAAACGGAAUCUUGAGAAAAUUAAUCCAGAAUCUGCUGCAGAAGGGACUGAAGUAGGGCCAGCCACAUAACUUUUAGGACCU